GCCAUUCCUGAAAGGAGACGGGCGCCCCCCUUGGCCGAACUUGUUGCCCCACCCGAGUUUCGUUUCUGGCUCUUCGCUCUUGUUUCCCUGGCGUUAGAGAGGCGGCUCUCCGCCAAAUCCCUCUCCUCCCACCGAGCCCGGACCCGCCUCCGCCUACUUCUGGCGCCCCCUGCGCGCGACCUCAGUCCUUUCGCGAAGUUUGCGGCGGUGUCGACCAUGCAGUCCGCUCCGCAGUUUGUGAGCCUCGAAAUGCCGCCCGACGACGGGAAGGCUCACCAGGGAAUGCCCGCGCCCCCUUACACCUACCCCAGGGGCGUCCCAGCCUCCGGUUUCCCCACGCGGCAGCCGCGGGACUUCGUGGUUUGGUCGCUGUUCAAUUUCUUCUUCAUGAACGUCUGUUGCCUCGGCUUCAUGGCCCUCGUCUUCUCCUUCAAGUCAAGGGAUCGGAAAGUCAUUGGAGAUACUGACGGUGCUGCCAGCUAUGGCAAAACAGCCAAGAGUCUGAAUAUUGCUGCACUGUUACUGAACAUCCUGAUCAUCAUCCUCAUCAUAGUGCUAUUUGCCAGCGGUGUAUUAGCUCUGAAAUACCAGAUGGAGCAGCAACGCCAGAAUUUUGAUGACUACUUCCAGAGAAAUGGCAAAUAAGUCACGGAUCCAGGAUAUUUUCUCCAGUGUUCAUGUCAUCCUCAGUAGUAAUUGGCAGCACAUCCUUCUACUCUGAUUGUACCUGUCCUACUCUUUAAGUUGCAAAGAAUAAGGCAUUCCCCAAUAAAUAAAGCUAGAAUCACUGCUUCUCAAAACCCAGAGGUUUAUGCUCUUCCCUAAAAUGCACAUGUCUUAAGCCUAUUGGUUGCCUACCAAGGUUCAAGAGAUUGGGCUGAUGGAGCUGAGUAUUGAUACAGAAGGAAGACAUUAUAUGAAAGCGAGGAUUUCUUUAUCCUGGGAUCUGGCUGUGUGCCCUUCCAGUUCCUGUUGCUGAUGGGAAUCAUGGCUGUUUCUCUUUGUUACGCUGACAAGUUUAUCACUAAAUAUAUAUUGCAGAGCUUUUGUGUAUUGAAAUGAGAAGUCUGGAAUGGAUUUUGAACAAAUAAAUAUAUCUUUUUUGCUUUA